AUGGGUCACUCGCACGGUUUGAGAGCCGGUACUCGGUAUGCCUUCAGCCGUAACUUCAAGGAGAACGGCCAGAUUCGCCUGUCGACCUACCUGAAGACCUACCGGGUUGGCGACAUUGUCGAUAUCAAGGUCAACGGUGCCGUUCAGAAGGGUAUGCCCUACAAGGUCUACAACGGUAAGACCGGUGUCGUCUACAACGUGACCAAGUCCUCCGUCGGUGUCCUCCUCUACAAGGUCGUCCGCAACCGCUACCUCGAGAAGCGCAUCAACGUCCGCAUCGAGCACGUCAAGCACUCCCGCUCCCGUGAGGACUUCAUCAAGCGUGUCAAGGAGAACGCCCAGAAGAAGCGCCAGGCUAAGGAGCAGGGUGUCCACCUCCACCUGAAGCGUCAGCCCCUCAUGCCCCGUGAGGCUCACCUCGUCGAGGGUACCGCUGCCGAGACCAUCACCCCCAUCCCCUACGACACCCACAUCUAAACGAAUCAAAAACGGUCGAUGCGGUUGUUUGGUGUUUCUGGGUUUUUCAAACUUAGGGUGGGCCUUUGCAAUGAGACGAAGCGAAACAGAGGGUUCCCAGAUGUUCUAUCACAUCUAAAUCCUGUGCAUAGAUUCCCCGGAAUGAAAGAAAAAACAAAAUUUCCAUUUCCCUGUUCGAAAAAUGAUAUCCAUGCGUUUUGCCAAAUACCGAAAAAUCCGC